GGUUCACCGAAAGUUCACUCGCAUAUAUUAGGCAAUUCAAUCUUUCAUUCUGUGUGACAGAAGUAGUAGGAAGUGAGCUGUUCAGAGGCAGGAGGGUCUAUUCUUUGCCAAAGGGGGGACCAGAAUUCCCCCAUGCGAGCUGUUUGAGGACUGGGAUGCCGAGGACGCGAGCGAGCCGGGCAGGGUUUGUCUGGGCACCGUCGGGGUAGGAUCCGGACCGCAUUCGGAAGGCUUUUUGCAGGCAUUUGCUUGGAAGGAGAACUUGGGAUCUUUCUGGGAACCCCCGCCCCGGCUGGAUUGGCCGAGCAAGCCUGGAAAAUGGUAAAUGAUCAUUUGGAUCAAUUACAGGCUUUUAGCUGGCUUGUCUGUCAUAAUUCAUGAUUCGGGGCUGGGAAAAAGACCAACAGCCUACGUGCCAAAAAAGGGGCAGAGUUUGAUGGAGUUGGGUGGACUUUUCUAUGCCAUUUGCCUCCACACCUAGAGGAUAAGCACUUUUGCAGACAUUCGGUGCAGGGGAGAUCAUGUUUGACUGUAUGGAUGUUCUGUCAGUGAGUCCUGGGCAAAUCCUGGAUUUCUACACUGCGAGUCCGUCUUCCUGCAUGCUCCAGGAGAAAGCUCUCAAAGCAUGCUUCAGUGGAUUGACCCAAACCGAAUGGCAGCAUCGGCACACUGCUCAAUCAAUUGAAACACAGAGCACCAGCUCUGAGGAACUGGUCCCGAGCCCUCCGUCUCCACUUCCUCCCCCCCGUGUGUACAAACCCUGCUUCGUCUGCCAGGACAAAUCAUCGGGGUACCACUAUGGAGUCAGCGCCUGUGAGGGCUGUAAGGGCUUUUUCCGCAGAAGUAUUCAGAAGAACAUGAUUUACACUUGUCACCGAGAUAAGAACUGUGUUAUUAACAAAGUCACCAGGAAUCGAUGCCAAUACUGUCGACUCCAGAAGUGCUUUGAAGUGGGAAUGUCCAAAGAAUCCGUCAGGAAUGACAGGAACAAGAAGAAGAAGGAGCCUUCGAAGCAGGAAUGUGCAGAAAGCUAUGAAAUGACGGCUGAGCUGGACGAUCUCACAGAGAAGAUCCGCAAAGCCCACCAGGAAACCUUCCCCUCGCUCUGCCAGCUGGGUAAAUACACCACGAAUUCCAGUGCUGACCAUCGAGUCCGACUGGACCUGGGCCUCUGGGACAAGUUCAGUGAACUGGCCACCAAGUGCAUUAUUAAGAUUGUGGAGUUUGCUAAACGUCUGCCAGGCUUCACCGGCUUGACCAUUGCAGACCAAAUCACCCUGCUGAAGGCUGCCUGCCUGGACAUUCUGAUCCUUAGAAUUUGCACCAGGUAUACCCCAGAACAAGACACCAUGACAUUUUCAGAUGGCCUUACCCUAAAUCGAACUCAGAUGCACAAUGCUGGAUUUGGUCCUCUGACUGACCUUGUGUUCACCUUUGCCAACCAGCUCCUGCCUUUGGAAAUGGAUGACACAGAAACAGGCCUUCUCAGUGCCAUCUGCUUAAUCUGUGGAGACCGCCAGGACCUUGAGGAACCAACAAAAGUAGAUAAGCUACAAGAACCACUGCUGGAAGCACUAAAAAUUUAUAUCAGAAAGAGACGACCCAGCAAGCCUCACAUGUUUCCAAAGAUCUUAAUGAAAAUCACAGACCUCCGCAGCAUCAGUGCUAAAGGUGCAGAACGUGUAAUUACCUUGAAAAUGGAAAUUCCUGGAUCAAUGCCACCUCUCAUUCAGGAAAUGCUGGAGAAUUCUGAAGGACAUGAACCCUUGACCCCAAGUUCAAGUGGGAACCCAGUGGAGCACAGUCCCAGCACCUCACCCAGCUCAGUGGAAAACAGCGGUGUCAGUCAGUCACCACUGGUGCAAUAAGACACUUUCCAGCUACUUCAAACAUUCCCCAGUACCUUCAGUUCCAGGAUUUAAAAUGCAAGGAAAAAGAAAAAACAUUUUUACUGCUGCUUAGUUUUUGGACUGAAAAUAUAUUAAAACUCAAGAAGGACCAAGAAGUUUUCAUAUGUAUCAAUAUAUACUCUUCACUGUCUAACUUACCCGAAAUACAAACUUUUUCAAUUCUAAAAAUCAGCCAUUUCAUGCAACCAGAAACUAGUUAAAAGCUUCUAUUUUCCUCUUUGAACACUCAAGAUUGCAUGGCAAAGACCCAUUCAAAAUGAUUUGCCCCGGUUAAGUUUCUGAAGACUUUGUACAUACAGAAGUAUGGCUCUGUUCUUUCUAUACUGUAUGUUUGGUGCUUUCCUAUUGCCUUGCAUACUCAGAAUAACCAUGACAGCAAGGUUGUGAAACAGACUACUGUACGUGUCCAGCUAAGAAAGGCUCAAAAAAAUAACUGUCUUGCUUUCACAGAGCAAUCAGGACAUCAAGGUAAGGAAAGGGGACUGUUGUACAGUAUGACAAGAUAAAGCUAGAGAUAAUUCUAAUUUAGUUAGUACGGAAGCUUGUCCUUGCUCUUUUUGACGCUCUCAAACUGCGUCUUCUAUUUCAUGUUGCCCAGUAAAAAGAUACAAAUUCACUGCACUAGCAGAAGAGAAUUCUGUAUCAGUGUAACUGCCAGUUCAGUUAAUCAGUUGUCAUUUGUUCGAUUGUUAAUGUCACUUUAACAGUGGUUUAUUACUUAAUGACAUAACUACACAAUUUUUAAAAAAAAAAAAAAAAAGAUACAUUUUUACAGUAAUGGUAGCCUCCAAGGCAGAAACACUUUUCAGUGUUAGUAAGUUUUUUGUUUACCUAUUCACAAGCCAUUAGGGAAAUUUCAUGGGAUAAUUAGCAGACUGGUCUACCACCCAUACCAUGUAACUCCAGUGUCCUUUCUGAUGCAUGCCUGCUACGGAGGGUUUUUGUAGCCUCCUUGAUGCCCAGAGGCUAAUAUGAACUCCCAAAGGCAUGGACAGAGAAUCUGCAUCCUUUGACCUUGUUCGAUCACUAUGAAGCAGAGUGAAAGCUGUGGUAGAGUGGUUAACAAAUACAAGUGUCAGCUUCUUAGUUCUCAUUUAAGCACUAGUGGAAUUUUUUUUUUUUUUUGAUAUAUUAGCAAGUCUGUGAUGUACUUUCACUGGCUCUGUUUGUACAUUGAGAUUGUUUAACAAUGCUUUCUAUGUUCAUAUACUGUUUACCUUUUUCCAUGGAGUCUCCUGGCAAAGAAUAAAAUAUAUUUAUUUUAAAA